GCCACCAACGCACCUGCAAACAUAAUGAAUGUCUCAAAUAUUUUGAACGAUCCGAAAGUAGUGAAAUAGCAUCUACAAUUCUUACAACUCCUCACAGCUAUAAUAUUUCAAAUAUCUUAAAUGAUUCAAGUAAUGAAUUAGUUGAGAAAUCAAUAACUCCCACAUCUCCUUCUCCUUAUUAUAAACAACCACGAUUUAUAACUAAUAAUGAAUACAUGGAUAUGGUUUGGUCUCCAUGGCAUUUUGAUAAAAUUAUUGGACCAUCUGUAAAGGUUUAUUUUAAAGCGGAAAUAAAGAAAUAUAAACCACAAAGAUCCAUAUCAAAAGAAGCUUUGGAAACUUUGAAGUAUUUCAACGUAACAUCAUUAUCGGAGCUUGGAAAAGCUCUUUCAAAUAUCACCAUUAACUAUGAAAAUCCCAAUAGAGAUACUGUAUAUUUGUAUCAUUUGUUUGAGAAAUUACAAGGGUCUUCACUUAAUAAUUGUAUUCUUCAACGUGGUGAAGUCAAAAGCAAAGCACAAAAGUUACUUGGAAUUAAAUCAUCAAAAAAGCCAAAAUAUGAUAGAAUCUUGUCAUUUAAUAGAAAAAUCGAGUUUAUUUAUGUGGAAACAGCAACCAUAUCAAUAUUGUCAAAAAGAGACAAAGACUUGUCAAAAUUGCAUGAAGCAAUAGCUAUAAUGUUCAAGCGUAUAGUAUCCUCAUUACUAGAGAAAAUUGUACACGAAAUAUCAGAUUUGCCCAUCCUCUGCAUUCAAUUCUGUGCUGAUGUAUACUUUGCUAAUUGGCCGGUUAAUAUGCGCUCAGUUGUUUUUUCAAUUUUUGAAUUCGAUAUUCCAGAACAAGUUACAUCUUUACCAAGUCUAACAAAGUUGGCUGUAAGAAUGUUGACAUUGCGGUCAUUAAUUCAAGACCUCCAUAAAUGGUAUCAAUCAUUAUUAAAAAAAAUCACAGAUUAUUAUUUAGAUAAUGAUAAUAUUUGA